AUGCAGCCCAACCACUAUGACCUCCUGGGUCAGGUGCAGGAUGAGCCUCGCCCACGGAUGACGCGAGAGGCUCAUCAGCAGCAUAACCCCCUGCCGUCACGCUCGCCAUCUGGUGCGGCGCCCACGAGAUCAGAAGAUUCAUGGAUCGAGGUCUCCUCCCAGCCCUCCUCCUCGUCCCUGUCGUCCGCCGCCACCAAUGAUGACAUUAUCACUACCGGUCUCCGUGUCGAGCAAAAUGGUUCUCGACCAUACCAUCGCCGUAGCACACGGCGUCGCCUGCAACAUCUGGCUGCCGUCACCACGGCACAGGUCGAUUACUCGUCCCGCGAGCAAAGCAGUAGCCAGGAUGAAUAUGAAGAAAGUGAAAGCGAGUCGGACCGCGUCUUGAGCAGUUCGAAUGAGGACAUGGCUCGCCGCCCGCUGGCAGGUCCGUCCAUGACCGGACUGAGACCGUCGGUCCCGGUCUCGGACGAUGCACCCUCAACUGAUGACGAUGAUAAUUCUACUGCGUUGGGGAUGCGGAUCAGCUCGUCUCCCUUCGUUCCGCAGCCCAACGUCUUCUCCCAUCCCCCCGCGUCACAGGACCCGUCCUGGACGAGGCCGCUAGAACGACGUCGUUCUCAACCGAGUGAGGUCUCCAACUGCAGCCGUCGGACCGCCAUCCGAAGGAACUCCCAAGCCAGUAUACGGUCAGCUCGAAGGUCGUCAACACAGCAUAGCCCGUACAACAUGAUCUCUCCUUCACACCACGCUGAUCACGACGCCGCCCUCCGAGCCAGCCUGUCGACUUUACUCUCCUGUGCUGCCGCAGCGCGAGGUUUGCCCAAAAACGACUCGCAACCCUCGCAAGCCCCACAGUCAGGUCCCUCUCGGGCACCGCCAGCCUCCUUUCGGCUCGUGUCAGAAUCGGUGGCCAUGGGAGAUGAGGCCGGAGAAGAGGAGGCCGCAUCGGCUGCCGAGACCCACGAUUCUACCAAGUCGCAGCGGCCAAGACCACCGCCAGCACCAAUGCCGGCCUUCACGGCAGCCAACUCACCCAAGAUCAAACGGCGGUCUAGCUCUCCUAAAGAUCGACGCUCAUCUUCCAAAAAGAGCCGCCAUACCGCCACGGCAGACUCUGCCGGCAGUCCAACAAUCAUGACGUGGGUUAUCAGUGCCGGCGUAGUGGUUCUUUUCUCGGCCAUCAGCUUCUCGGCCGGCUAUGUACUCGGUCGCGAAGUGGGAAGAAUGGAGGGCGGUACUGGCAUGGGAUCCGUCAUGGGAGAUGGGGGAUUUUCUGGAGGGAAAGCAACCGCCGGGUGCGGUCAGGAAGCUGUCCGAGGAGGGCUGAAACGAUUCCGAUGGGGCUCUGGAACGUCCGGGUCGGGCAUCAUUGCAUGA